AAUAUUGUGCGGUUUACCUCCAUGCAAUUUGUAACAUGGAUGAAGUAGAUGAAUAUGAUCAAUCUAGAAAUGAUUGUUUGCCUGCUAGAAUGUAUUUGAAGCGACCAGAUGGAACAAUUAUCAAAGAAAUGACUACGUCUUCAAGAUUUAAAUUUAAAGCAGUUAAAAUUCGGAGAUUAC